AGCGGAAAUGUUCACUAUGGACGCGGAUGUGAAGCUGGAAACAAAGAUGGCGGAAGAGGAGAAUCUCUCCGAGGAGCUGGAGGAGCUCGACUUUCUCCGAGACCGACAUGUACGCUUCUUCCAGAGGACUCUGCAGGUUUUACCCGAGAGAUACGCCUCCCUGGAGACUACCAGGCUGACCAUCAUAUUUUUUGCCCUGUCCGGGCUAGAUGUGCUCGAUGCUCUGGAUGUCAUCGACAGCGAUGUCAUGAUCGAGUGGAUCUACUCAUUGCAGGUUCUACCCACGGAAGACCAAUCCAACCUCAGCCGGUGUGGUUUCCGAGGCUCGUCACACAUCGGAAUUCCUUACAGCACCAAGGGUCCGGGGGUGCUGCAUCCGUACGACAGCGGCCAUGUCGCCAUGACCUACACGGGCCUUUGCUCUCUACUCAUACUGGGAGACGAUCUGAGUCGAGUCAACAAGCAGGCCUGCCUGGCCGGUCUAAGGGCGCUGCAGCUGGACGACGGCAGUUUCUACGCCGUGCCAGAAGGCAGCGAAAACGACAUCCGCUUUAUCUACUGCGCGGCCAGUAUCUGUUACAUGCUGAACGACUGGUCGGGCAUGGACAUCCAAAAGGCCAUUGAGUACAUUCGAGGCAGCCUGUCGUACGAUAGCGGUUUUGGUCAGGGAGCCGGGCGAGAGUCACAUGGCGGUUGGACCUACUGCGCCAUCGCCUCCUUGUGUCUUAUGGGUCGAUUGGAGGAGGCGCUGAGUCGGCGCGAGCUGGACAGGAUCCGCCGCUGGUGCAUCAUGAGGCAGCAGAGUGGCUUUCACGGGCGCCCCAACAAGCCCGUGGACACCUGCUACUCGUUUUGGGUGGGCGCAACGCUUGAGCUAUUAGAUGUGUUCCAGUACACCAACUUUGACAAGAACAGGACGUUCAUCCUGUCCACGCAGGAUCGCUUGGUUGGUGGCUUCGCUAAGUGGCCAGACAGCCAUCCAGACCCUCUGCACGCCUACUUGGGCCUGUGCGGUCUGUCUCUGAUGGGAGAGCCCAGCCUGAGGAAAGUCCACCCAGCUCUCAACAUCACCCAGAGGGCCUUCGAGCGCCUCCGCCAGCUGCAGCAGACAUGGAGGGGACAAUAGCGGCAACUGUGGCUGACAGGAGCAUCCGGCAGGUCAAAUCCAAGGCAACAGGAGUCUCUGCUGCCAGGCCUCCUUUUUUAUUUGAAGACUUAGGAGUGCACAGCUACUCCAUAGCAACUUUGCAACGUGGCCUUGCUGUGGGGUGACUCUUCUUUAAAGCUGCCUUUUUGUCAACAGACUGCAGUCAGUUUAAGUGUUAAGAAAUAUAUGUGCCAAAAAUCACCAGAGACCGGAAAACAUUCCUGGUGCCAAAUUGUCUCCCAUUUUUGAGAACGUGAAGGAAAACCGUCUGCUAUGGUUUCUUGCCAAGCGGCAGCGCUAUUUCCAUUAUGGACCACGCAGGCUCAGUAUCAUGUAGAAUGGACCUGAAACCUUUUAGAAACACUCUCAUAAUCAACAUGUCGCUAAUGUGCGUCUUAUGGACAGAGCAUUCAUAUAUCAUCAAAGAACACCAAGCCACCACCCUUUUCCCCAUGUCACAAUCCAGUCUGGUUACGAUCAUAAUUUUGGAUACAUCCAAUCCUUAAAAGGAAAAAAAACAUUAUCCCUAUCCAGUAACACCCUUCCAUUACUCAUGAGGCAUCUUCAAAGCGCUCCAGUUUGCUUCCAGCCUGCCAGGUUUGAUCUCCCGUCUCACCCCACCAACUCCCACUGGUUCCUCCUCCUCAUCCUCCCUUUGGCUUUGUUUACUAAUGUGGAGGUUUGAUCAGGUGUAUCACAGCAGCAGCGGUGUACCCAACGGAGUUGAGGCCAAGAACCACCUGCAGGGGUCCAGUCUAUCUUUGACUUUUGAAAAUAAGUAGAAAAAAAAAAUCAAGCAUGAGCAUACUUCCUUAAGGCAAGUUUCAAUAAAAUGGAGCCUAUUGGGGAAGGUGCUUCAUUUUCCUUUGUGUACUCACCCAGGACUUAUGAGCUGUGCGCCGACCUUUCCUCAUAGGCAUUUACUAUUCAAUACAAGAGCUUGCUUGAUAGCCAUCUUUGUCUUCAUGCUCCAGCUGGAAGUUGCUCACAAUCCUGCUCAACCUGCUGAUGUUCUUACCACUGCUGUGAAUCCCCACUUACGGGCUAGUAAUUUGGUGACAGCAUUUUAACAUCCUGAAUCACUCAAAUACUAUUCCUGGUUUGCUCCAUCCUGAUCGAACCACAAAGCCUUUUUUCCAUUGCAUAGCACCUUCUUGGUUUGCCAAAUGAGGUACUAUUUCGAGUAACUGGUCAGCUGGGGUUCCAACUGCACCAAGCAGAUGCCGUACGACUUGAUUAAAAAAAAAAAAACGCUGCUAGUAGCUCAUUGGUCGAGAUGAUUUACCUACUGCUGUGCCUUAGCUCUGGAUGCUGUAGUACUAUACUCCACAGUCUCCACUUUGCUGGAAUGGCCUUCAAUAAUAUUCCCCCUUGUCAUAAGGUAAAUAAGGGACACCCUCAUUCUGCUCUAUUGUUGCUAGCUUGUCUCUUUCUGACUGAUGCAUUCAAUGCAGUGUGGUUUUCACAGAUUUCCUGGUUGACGUGGACAACUGACACCCCCCCCUCCCAAAAUGGAGGUUGGUAGAGCCAAGCUGGUACUGUGCAAUUGAAAAGCAUCAUAAAUCCACAGACUCAUCUCUUUUAACACCGGUGUUUGUCAGGGCACAGUCCUAUGACCCUCGCUAUUUUUAGUUUCCAAUGAAAUCAUGUGCUUCCCCUUAUUUAUAUUUAAUAGCUGUCCUAUUCAGCAUCCAUCUGUCACCAGCUGUCCACCCCAAAAUGUUGUCAAGUGAAUUGGAGCCACUGUGUGAUACAAGUGAUACAGUUACAUUCUGUGGAUGAAGCCAUACUGGCCUGCUUUGAUAAAUUGUGGCGAACAAAACUUUAACUUGCUAAAUCCCCAGUAGUGAGGGACUCUUGGAUAAUCUAGCAGCUUCUUCUAGAGCAGGCAACGAGGAGGAGGAGGGAAUGCCUAGAGUGGAGAAGGAUGAAUUAAUAAUUGGAUGCAUCCAUUAUUCACGGUUACUAGUGGUCAGUUGCCUUACUGCUCAACCAGCCUCAUUUUAUAGCCAUAUGACUGGGGAAGGAUAACAAUAGCCUUUGUUAGAAAAAAAAAAAAAAAAGAUCCCACAAAAUUGCCGCAUCAGAGCUGUUAAAAAAAAAAAAAAGGGGGAAAAAAGACAGCAUUUAUCUGCUUAAGAACCCAAUGAAGGUGGGCUAUUACUGUAAAAAGUGUGGAGUUUCACACAGCAUCCCGCAAUCAGAUAAUUAGAUUCCGUCGAUGUAAAAAAUACGUGUUGGGCCGCAACAUUGCUUUCUGUACAACACGGUGGGACUUAUGAGUGGUGGUUGUUAAGCUUCUUGUUACAGUUAAUAAUACUACCUCCAAAGAUGGGUAAAUUUCCAUGUCAACUUCUUCCCCCCAAUGCAGUGUCGUUGUCAUUUUAUACCAGUUUCCUAAACUUUAUUGAGCCGUGGCAUAUAUUUUACUUUUGAAAGAAUUUCACGGCACACCACCAAAGGAAAAUAUCACUAUGCGGUUACAUCACUAUACAUCAAUGGCAUAGAUAGUUGAACAAAAAUGAAUUCAUAUGUAGUACAAUAAUUAUUUACGGACGAAUUAAGUGAAAUUGGAUAAUUUCCCACUACGCAAAUGGUAAUCACUCACGUCACACUGGUUAGUAAUCACUAGUUUUUACAGCAACAACAGAAAAAUGACCACAAUCAGAUAAUCUGGUGACGUCAGUACCAAUGUCUGUUGUGACAUCUAAAAUACAUUUCGGACAGCAACAAUUGCUUUCAAAUAUUGCCGCAAUAAGAUAAUGAAAGGACAUUGGGGCGUAUAAAAUACUUGUCAGACAGUGACAAUUGCCUUCAACACAACAGGGUGAAAGUAAAACCGCUACCUAGCAGAAUGAUCUUAACGCUCAGGUGGUUUACGGCUCUGAUGCUACCUCUGAAGACAGAAAAUUGCCGGUGUGACUUGGUUCCCCAAUUCUACGUUGGUGGCAUUUAUACAUAACUAUGACCUCGAUAAAGGUGGAAAAAUUACUGUUUUUACAGGCUAUGUCGCAGGGGCUAAAUCAUCCAUUAUUGCACUUUUAGUUAAAGUUUUGCCUUAGACCUUAAGCCUUUUUUUGUGCUGUUUUUAACAUAAGUGUCCUCAUGACUGAUUUAGCUGGUGGUCUCAAACACAAAAACAAUCUAAAAUCUCAACAUAUACGAUUUUGUUUUUGUGUGUGCGCAGAAUCUGCAUGGUUCUGCUUUUUAAACUCAGUGCUGUUGCUUUGCCAGAUGGUUGAACCAGAUCAAUUCUAAUGGAAUGAUCCCAUGCUCCGUGCAUCUUCUGCAGCCCGAACGUACGUUCCUUUAGUUUGUUUUCCUCUGGGAUGAAGACCACUUAGAAAUGUGCCUCCCGUUAGUCGCGUUCUUCUAAUGAGCCUCUGCACGAGCGGAGCUCAACAACAUGAUUGAUUCCCUCUGAUAAACAUAGCAGAGACUUCCUUUUCCUUUGGUCUACCAACAAACUGAACGCAUUUUCCCGCAAUGCACCGUUUGUUCCCGUAAGCCGGUUGCUAAUGCAUUUCUUGGAGACGGGGGGGGGGGGGGGAAAUCCACUGAGUCAGAUCUCUUCAAUGCUUACUCUGCUGCUAACACUGAACUGCAGAUGGACCCUCUGCCGAUAUCAAGCAACUCGUCAUAGAGCCACUAAAAUACAUGAUGUAACAUGAGAUGCAUUUUUUUUCUUUCUAUGCUUUGUAAAGAAGUGUAGAUAAACUGUGUAAAUAUGUGCAAGCAAAGAGGAAGAAUGGGAUAUGCAUAUAUUUGUGCUGUAUGUUCAUCUUUGAAUAAUGUGCGGCUCCAAGGUGAGCAGGAAAUACUCUAUGGUAAAUAAAAAAAGUACAGAGA